UCCCUCUCUCCUUCCUCUCCUUCCCCCUUCCUCUUCUUCUCUUAUCCUCACUCUGUCACUCCCCAAAGCUCUCUCCUUCCCCAAGAAAAUGUCCUCUGCAACAGCACCCGUCUUCAAGCCCCUGUCCAUCACCGACUCAUGCCCGCCUUCCCUCUUCGCCUCCCCUUCAUCCGAGUCCUCCCACCCGUACCUUUCGAUCCCUCCCAGACCCCUCAAGAUCCACCUUUCUUGCUCCGCUUCCUCUUCUUCUUGUUUCGCUCAGUCCGCGCUCGCCCCUCAUCCCCUGAGGAAGACCCAUCAUCCGAAUUUCGUCGCCUUCGUCGCCCAGACCUCGGACUGGGCCCAGCAGGACGAGGACAACACGGUCACCACCACCCUUGAUCAGGAGCAAGAACAAGAACAGGUACAAGAAAAGGAACAAGAAGAGGGCGGUGAGUCCGAGUGGGGGAAUCAAGAAACGGAAGCCCGGGUCUCGGAUUGGGAAGGCGGGGGCGAGAGCAAUGAGGAUGGGGCUGUUGAGGAGGGAGAGGGAGAAGGAGAAGGGGAAGGAGAAACCUUUGUGGAACCGCCUGAGGACGCGAAACUCUUCGUUGGGAAUUUGCCUUACGACGUUGACAGCCAGAAGUUGGCCAUGCUCUUUGAGCAGGCUGGAACUGUGGAGAUAGCAGAGGUUAUCUAUAACAGAGAGACCGACCAAAGUCGGGGAUUCGGCUUCGUGACCAUGAGCACGGUCGAGGAGGCCGAAAAGGCUGUUGAUAUAUUCCACCAAUAUGACAUGAGUGGAAGAUUCUUGACAGUGAAUAAGGCUGCUCCAAGAGGAUCAAGGCCAGAGAGACCCGUUCGCACAUUUGAGGCUUCUUUCAGGAUCUAUGUUGGUAACCUUCCCUGGGAUGUGGAUAAUGGUCGCUUGGAGCAGGUUUUCAGCGAGCAUGGGAAAGUGGUCAAUGCCCGGGUAGUUUAUGACAGGGAGACUGGCCGUUCACGAGGUUUCGGUUUUGUGACAAUGGCAUCGGAGACUGAAAUGAAUGAUGCCAUUGCUGCGCUUGAUGGACAGAGCUUGGAAGGAAGGGCAAUAAGGGUGAACGUGGCUGAGGAAAGAUCGAGGCGCAGCGCCUUUUAAGUUAAAUUUUGAUAACGCGGAUUUGAUUACUUUAGGUUUAUUCAUCAUGUCAUUCAUAAGUUCACGCUUGUUCCAGUGAUCCUAUUGUAACUUGUUCCAGUGAUCCUAUUGUAAGCUUUCUUAAAUGACGGACAUAUUCUUUUCUUGCCAAGGUCUAUUUCUCUUAUUUUGGUGAGCUGCGACAGUGGAAAGAAUACUAUUUACUCA